GUCCCAUGGGGAGGAGGCAGGCGCAGAGCUCCGAGGGCUGAGAAGAGAGGAUGGAGGAGAGAAAAUGGCAAUGACAGUUUGUAGGGCAGGCAUUUGCUGAGAGGUGGGAGGCGAACGUGAAGAAAAGAACAGGGAGAUCUUGUCGGGAACAGAGAUAGAAGAGCAAAAAGCAAGUCAUACUAAGAAAGUAAAAGAAAGUGAAGAGAGGAGGCAAAAAGGAGAGAAGUUUAAAGUGAAAGGAAAGCAGCACCUUUAGGUUGACGUGUCACCAUGACAACAGAAGCAGGCUCUGAGACGGAGGUGAAGGAGAAAGCAGAGGAGUCAGCUGCUCAGCCGGACCAACCAGAGAAGACCACAGAAGAGACCCAGGAAGUGGCACCCGCUGAGGGAGAGGAGAAGGAAAAAGCAAAGAAGGAGAAGGAGAAAGAGAAAGAAAAGGACGGGAAAGGAAUAUCUCGAUACCUGCCAACAUGGCUUAAGAAGCAGAAGUCUCUAAGCCAGACCUCCCCGACAAAGGACGUCCCUCCCACAGAGGAAGCUGAUAGCAAGGUGACAGAGGAAGAGGAGGGGCUCAGCCCUGAGGUGAACGGACACGCAGAGGAAGUAGAUGAGAAGGAGGCGGUUAGUUUGGAGCAACUGAAGGAAAAAGAAGCGGAGUCGAAAUCCAACGCUAGUGCUGACACUGAGCCUGCCAAGGAAGAGAAGGCGGAAGAGAGUGCAGAGAAAAGUCCUGAGGAGCCCACAGCAGCCACAGAGGUAGAAGCAUCUGAGGAGCAGCAGAACGAGCAGAAGAAAGAGCAGGAAGGAGAGGCAGCUGCUGAGAAAGAGACAGGAGGAGCAGGAGGAGGAGAAGGCCAGACCUCUGUUUUCCAGUCUCCUCUACGUCUGGUGAGGAAGAACAAGAUGAAGCUGGUGGUGUGUCACGUGACCCUGCUGGAUGGGACCGACUUCACCUGCGAGGUGGAGAAACGUGCAAAGGGCCAGUACUUAUUCUUUAAAGUGUGUGAACAUCUUAAUCUAAUGGAAAAAGACUACUUUGGUCUGACAUACAAGGACAGCCAUGAACAGAAGUGUUGGUUGGAUCCCACCAAGGAAAUCAAGAGACAGAUACGCAGCAACAACUGGCAGUUUGCAUUCAACGUCAAGUUCUACCCUCCUGACCCCUCACUGCUCACCGAAGACAUUACCAGGUACUUGUUGUGUCUGCAGCUCCGUGAAGAUGUGGCCUCUGGUCGACUGCCUUGCUCAUUUGUCACACAUGCUCUGCUGGGCUCGUACACAUUGCAGGCAGAACUCGGAGACUAUGAUCCUGACCAGCCGAGGCCCCUGGACUACAUCAGUCAGCUGACAUUCGCACCCAAUCAGAACAAAGAGAUGGAGGAGAAGAUUCUUGAACUCCACAAGUCCCACAGGGGAAUGACCCCAGCUCAAGCUGAUGCCCAGUUUCUAGAAAACGCUAAGAAGUUGUCGAUGUACGGAGUGGACCUGCACCAUGCGAAGGACUCCGAGGGCGUGGACAUCAUGCUGGGUGUGUGCGCCAAUGGACUGCUCGUCUACAAAGACAGACUGCGGAUAAAUCGCUUCGCAUGGCCCAAAAUCCUUAAGAUUUCAUACAAGAGGAACAACUUCUACAUAAAGAUCAGACCAGGAGAGACGGAGCAGUUUGAGAGCACAGUGGGGUUCAAACUCCAGAACCACCGGUCUGCUAAACGACUGUGGAAAGUGUGCGUGGAGAAUCACAGUUUCUUCAGGUUAAACGCACCAGAACCUCCUACCAAGGCCCGCUUCUUGACUCUGGGCUCAAAGUUCCGUUACAGCGGGCGAACCCAGGCCCAGACCCGCCUCGCCAGUACCCUCAUAGACCGCCCGGCGCCCAGCUUUGAACGCACCUCAUCCAAGCGCAUCAGUCGCAGUCUGGACGGAGCGCCAGCAAUUAGCAUCACCGAGGCCGGAGCUGAGAAUGGACGUGAGCCUCAUCUGGAGCUCCAGUCUGACUCCAAGGUUAAGGAGGUGGACUUAAGCCCUGGUGACGCUGAAGCCACGCCCACCCAGUCACCUGGACCCAGUGAGGCUGCCGUCUCUCAGGACCAUGAUAAGACCCAAGAAGAGGUUCUGAAACACCAAGCUAGCAUUAGCCAGCUAAAACGCUCCUUUAUGGAGGCGCCACCUCCCUCUCCUCCUCAACCCAACCAGUGGGAGAAACGCCUCACCUCCUCUCCCGCUACAACGAUACGUAUCCAACAGCACCAAGUGAGUCUCGAAGAGGAGAUAGCUUCAGUUCUUUUCAGUAGACACUCUGGCCUUUACACGGCUUCCAGCAGUAUCCCUGAACCAAACCUAGAUGCUGUUAAAACCACGUGUUCAUCUGCUACUCCUGCCGCUGUCUGCAGUACGGCUUUGCUGAAAGAGCAUCUAAUUUCCCCAUCUGCUGCGCUCUCUGCUACUGAGGUGAAUGUGCCCGAAACGGAAGCAGCUGCUGCAGCUGAUAACACGAUCUCUGAUACCAAAGAGCCCGGAAAGACGACUGAAGUUGAAAUCGAAGAAACCGUUGUUGUCCAAGAGGUUUCCAAGGCAACCAAACCUGGACUUGUAACAGUAACUCUUUCUACUGGCGAGCCCGCUCAACAGGAAGUCAAGGAACAGUCAGUAAAGGCAGAAGAGGAGGCAGUAGCAGAGGAAGCUAAGCAGAGUAAACAGGAGAGCGUUUCAUCGGAAAGUGAGAGUGAAGAAGAAGCCGAGUACCAUCCAAAUGUCUCCGUAUCCAUCUCCCAUACACAAAUCCCAGAGGAGAAGGAAGAAGAAGAAGAGCAGGAGAAGAAAGAGGAAGACAAGUCUGCAGAGAAGAGCAUUUUACCUCCAGAUGCUCCCUCUGUUCCUGUUGAAGUCGAACCAUCUGCAGAGCCAGCCCCCCAAGACGGAGAAGAGUCCAGGAUGGUAGACACCGAGGCAGAGAAGAACAAAACAGAGAAAGAAGGAGAACGAGAGACAGAGGAAAGCACAGACGAUCCAAUGCUGACGCCCGACGAAGCCCCCAAUGGUCUGACCCCGGCAGAGGAUGACAUGACCGGGUUGGACACUCCGCAAGAGGAAGAAGAGGAGGAUGAGCCUAAAGUGAACGGAGAAGCCUCACUGGUUGAAGCAGAACGGCGGCCGCAGGUUAUUUGUUGCUCUGAGCCACCCGUCGUAAAGACAGAAAUGGUGACUAUAUCAGAUACGUUUGCAGCCCAGAAAACUGAGAUAGCUACAAAAGAAGUGCCCAUCGUACAUACGGAAACCAAGACCAUCACAUAUGAAGCUGCACAGUUGGAUGGAAAUGGUGAUGGUGAGCCCGGGGUGCUGAUGACCGCUCAGACAAUCACCUCUGAAUCUCUGUGUACUACGACAACCACACACAUCACCAAGACGUUAAAGGGCGGCCUAUCAGAAACAAGGAUUGAGAAACGCAUCGUUAUUACUGGCGACUGUGACAUCGACCACGACCAGGCACUGGCCCAGGCCAUAAAGGAGGCCAAAGAGCAACAUCCUGACAUGUCUGUCACCAGAGUGGUGGUUCAUAAAGAAACUGAACUGGCAGAGGAGGAGGAUUGACUGGAUCAGAGCUGAAGGGCCCAUCGUGACUGUUUUCUCUGUUGACAUUGACCUUCAUCACCCUACAUCCACCAACCCUGACUGACUGAAGAGGAGAAGGAAAAGAAGAGAAGCAAAACACCAGGAGGAUGAGGGGGGGGAGAGGAGAUUAGACAGAGGGAGAGAAGUCAGUCUUUUCUUACAUGUCUGUGGUGCAUCUAAAACCCCUCACUCCAAAACAAAGAAAAAUAAUAUCCUCACUCCUUCUGAGGGAACAAAAAGAACCACUUUGUUAGCUUAACAUUUGUAGUGUGUUUUUAUUUUAUUUUUUUAAUAGGUCUUUUUUUUUUUUUUCUUUAACUGUUUGUUUUACAAAAAAGAGAGAAGAUAGUGUGUCUGUCAUGUUUCAAGAAAAAGAAAAAAACCCUGUAGGAAUGCACUGAUAAUCAAAGCUGACAGUAGAUAACAUAUGAAUAAUCGUACUGAUUAUCAGUACUAGGAUGCGACUGUGAUCUUCAGGUGUCAACGCAAAGUGUAUCCUUUUCAUACACGGACUGAUGCAUUCCUACAAACAAAAGUAAUUUGUUAAAUUACAGCCCCCUCCCAUACUGUUAUUGUGUAAAUCAAGCUGUAAUAUAAUAUGGCUGGAUUUACUGCAAUAAAACAGUCUCACUCAUUAAAACACAUUAAGUAUCAGGAAGUGGGAGCAGUUUGUUAGAGCAACCCCAAUUCUGAAAAAGUCGGGACUGAGUAGAAUGUAAUGAAAACAGAAUGCAAUGAUUGCAUGUUAAUGUUUUAAACUCCUAUUUUAUUCACAACAGCACAUAGAAAUAAUAUCAAAUCAUACCAGUUUUAGAGAAAACUUUUGAAUGUAAUGGCAGCGACACUUCUUGAUAAAUUUCCUAUGUUUUACUGUGAAUAAAAUAUAGGUUUAUGAAAUUUUAAAUCAUUGCAUUUUGUUUCUAUUUACAUUUUAUAACAUGUCCCGGCUUUUCCGUAACUGUAGUUAUAACAGAUUAUAAAAUAGGGAGCUGUACGUUUAAAAUAUUGCAGUACAACAAAUCAAGCAGGUUAUUGAAUUUAUAUGGUUCUGUUUUUUUUGUCUGUAAGAAUAGAUUUUAUUCAUCCACAUUCCCUGUGUGUUGACUAGCAGCUGACUGAGUCCAUUUUCUGUUCCAAUACAGUUUUUACUGAAGAAACAUUUCAUCAUUUAUGUGGAAUACAGUGGAAUCCUUAGAGUGGGUUAGUGGAUUUGACAGUAAAUGAGCCUGAACAUUCAAAUGAUGUGGGUGGAAUAAAUCCCUUUGUGAUGCUUGGUGAAUUAGGCAAACGAGGAAUAAGUUUUACCCCAUUUUCAUAUUUAUCUUUUUUGGACAUUGGAACAGAAAAUGGACUGACUUUAAAGCUGCUGUAUACAUUUUCUGUACAGUUAAAAAUAAAGGUUAUUAGAUGGGAGCAAUAUUACAGCUUUUUAUUAGCUAUUCACUGUCCCUGGGCCCGCCCACUGUACGACACUAAUGAUUCUUAUUGGGCCUCAGGGAAGCAGGGGAAUAGGACGCAGAUUUUGAUUGGGAGAGAGGGACCACUAAACUGACAGCUAAUUGGGAGACACAAGAGGCAAAUCGGCAACUAUUAACAUCUACUUGGGAAUGAAAAGGAACUGAAUGUCAAUUGAAGUCGGCCUUAAUUUAUGGCAGUCGUGUUCUUUAGCUUCAUGCAUUUUGACAAUAGAAGAUUUCAGCACUGCUAGAACACAAUUUGUAAUCUAACAUUUUGAUUCAAAAGCAGUUUUGUGCUAAAAUCAAUAGUGGGACCAAAAGAGAACAUGCAGGUGGAGCAGCACGAAAUGACAACAGAACUGAGAUCAGUUUGCGUUGGGAGUCUGUCGUCAUCGUUCAGCUCUGACGUCCACUUCUAACUUCACAUCAGACUAGAUCAAACACAAAGGCACAAAACUUUUCAUAUCCACAAAAAAAAUAUCACUAGUUUUCUUACAAGAGCAUCUUAAAGUAAGUCUAGAUAGAGGACUACUGCGUCGACUGGUUUAAGAAUGUGUAGACAAACACAUCCGCGCUCAUACAGUCUGUGUGGAUGACCUUUGACCUGAAACCGUCUGUGUUGUAAUUGAUUCACCGAACCAAAUACUCUGCAUUGUCGUCAUGUUUUGUGUUUGUGACCUGCUGAAAAUAUCAGAAAUCCACUUCAACUUAAACCACCAAAUUAAAUCAAAACACUCAGUUGCAUUCGAGCACAACAAACACAAACGGUUGUGACGCGAUAAUAUGGUGCAGCCUAAAGGGAAGUGAAUCAGAGGGGUUGAAGUGCUCUUGAGCCACUGAAAUAAAAAAUCUUUGCAAUCUUUCAUCAGUUUCCUGCUGCUUUGCUUAAAAUGCAUCAGAAAUUCAGCUAAAACUGUGACUCUGUGUAAAAAAAAAAAAAAAAAAAAAAAAAGUGGCGUUAAAUGGAUUGGAACAAGUGCUAAUGUGUUUUGUAGUGCUUUUCAGUGAAGGCAGCAAAAAAAACCAUAUUUACCAGAUUUAAGAUGAUUAAAAAUUAAGUGCCGCUGAUU